CAAACGCUGGCUGCUGCUUUCGGCGGCCGCGACUCCGCCGGUGGUUUGGCAUUCCUGGGGAGCGGGAAAAACGAGCGUGUGGGGGCGAACGUGACCGGCCCCUCGAGGCGGCGCUGUCCUGGUUUUGAGGCUAAGUCGGAAAGUGAACCGGUAUGAAAAGGCGGCCAACGGCGCGGCGCCCGGUACACUUACGCUCAGACGCCCGGUGCCACUCGACCUGCCAUGCCGAUGCUCUUGCUGCUCUGCGCUCUGCUCGCCGCCUGUGCGCCCUACGUGGCCGGCCAGAAAUCUGAUGACUUCCAGUGCCCGGACCAGUUCGGCUUCUACCCGCACCACAAGAGCUGCGACAAGUAUUACGCCUGCAGUAACGGCACCGCGUCCCUCAAGACGUGCGGCAACGGGCUCGUGUUCGACGACGUCGACCCACUGAGGGAGAACUGCGCCUACCCAUUCUCCGUCAACUGCGGCGAGCGGACGGACCUCGAGCCACCGAUCAGCACGCCCAACUGCCCACGCCUGUACGGCAUCUUCCCGGACAGCCACAACUGCCGCGUGUUCUUCUCCUGCUGGAACGGCGAGAGCUCGCGCUACGAGUGCCCGCCGGGGCUGGCCUACGACAACGACCAGCGCGUGUGCGUGUGGGCCGACUUGGUGGACCGCUGCGACCAGCGCGAGGUUGCCGAAGGCUUCGUCUGCCCCGACCCAGCCGAAGUGGACCAGCCGGGCGUGUUCACUCGCCACGCGCACCCGACCGACUGCCGCAAGUUCUACGUGUGCAUCGAGGGACAGGCGAGACCGUACGGGUGCAGCCUUGGCACCGUCUUCAACGUCGACUCGCUCCAGUGCGACGACCCCGAGAAUGUCCAGGGAUGUGAAAACUACUACGGCGACCUGGACGUGAAGACCCUGAAGAAGGCCCAGACGCACAAGAAGGGCAGCCGCCAAUCGUCGUCGUCCGACGAGGCCUCGUCUUCGUAGUAAACGCAUCUUCAUCUCCGUCGGCGACACCACGAGUGUCUGCUGUGUGUACACAACGCGCCCACCCAGCUGCCGUGCCGUCCGCAUUCUGCGCUAGAGGGCGUGCCUGCUGCUCCUCCCUUCGGGAAUCCGAUGGUCCCCCCCCCCCCACCCCCUCCGUCAUGCACACACCAGGGCUCUCUGUUCCCGUCUACGCGAGCGUUUAGUCCAAGUAGCACGCUGACCCGUAAUCACAAGUUAUCGCUUCAUUCGCGAUAUUUUCGCCAAGUCCUGUCGAUGGCAGACGCCACACCGUAGCCUGGCGCAAGAAAUCACCACAGUUUGUCGAGUGCCCAGGAGAGCCUGCUCGUUACAUAUGCGCAAGCAUAAAUUUGCUUUAGAUGUUUGCACUCAACUGCGAAUAAGGUGAUAACUAUGCCUGGCGUGUGGGUAAAUGCUCCUCGUGAUGUGCAGAUGGCUUUAUUGCGAGGAGCUUUGAUGUGAUUAUUUUCUCAAGUACAUAGAAACUCUCUAGCCAUAUAGAAAUUUGUAGUGCGUAGCGAAAUGCGAUUACUGUAGAAAUGUAGAAAUGCUUAGUGACUAGGGAACACAUGUGCGGGCCGCGAAGAGAUAAGGAGAUGAAGCGCGCAUAUCUUGUGUUUUUGUGGGGGUGGUGAGCACCUUUUGCUGUCCUCUAAUGCCUGCACUGGAGGAGCUCCGGUCACGUCCCCUUUCUCAAAGUGCAAUCACAGACGAUGUCCUAUUCAAAUAAGAAAAAAAAGUAAAGCAAAUGUGCCCAGAGGGCAUCAUGAUUACUAGCCGAAGUAUUGCAAUACCGAGCGCACAUGGACGCUCGAUUUCGGCUGUAUCUCACUCCCCUUUCCCCUUUCCUCAAUAAAAAAAUGUCUCCACACAACGACAAUUGUUUAUGCCCUGCUUUAUUUUUUUAUUUCUUUGAUUGCUUUGAUAUCAGCGUUUGUGGUCCCAAAUGCCCGAUACCGCCUCUCGAGACCCACUGUUCAUGACGUUCGAGGCGCGCACGCAGUAAGCGGCCAAGGACGAUGUUAACACAAGUAUGUGUACCAACCCAAUGCCGCCUUCUACAGAAGUCAUUUCA